UAAUAUACUAAGUAGGUUAAAGUAAGGCAUGGACCCGGACAAACAGAAAGCAAUCGUAUUGUUUUUGGCGGUUUGCCUGAACUUGGCUACAGCUUUAGGGUCAUGCGUGGACCUGGAUGUGACCGGCUGCCGGACCAACCCGCAACUCUGCCAAGAUCCCCUACUCGCAGAGGUCACGUGUCCAGUUAUGUGUCACAGAUGCCCACCUUUUCCGGAUUCAACACCAGCUGCCAUGGCAGGUGACUGCAGCGAUGUGUUAGAACUGGGCCUGUCGCACGGCUCUGGUGUGUACAAAGUCACGCCCUGGAACACGCUCAGGGAAGUGGAAGUUUACUGUGAUAUGGAUACCGAGGGUGGAGGGUGGACGGUAUUUCAAAGACGCUGGAAUGGGUCUGUAGCCUUCAACAAGAGUUUUGCGGAAUACGAGCAGGGUUUUGGCUCAUUGGAGGGUGAAUUCUGGAUGGGUAAGUUUUUACAAUAA